ACUAUGUGGUUUUAGACCAUGGAUGUCUCCGGAGAAUGCCAUUAUCUUGAUAAGCCACCUAGUAACUACUUCUCCACUCUGUUAGGGUCAAAGGGAGAGCGACAGAGAUGAGAAGAGAAGGAUAGAGGAAGGAUAGAAAUAAGAGGGAGGAUAGUUCGUAAUUGUUGAAAGGUUUUGGUUAUACUUUCUGUUCAUGUGAUGUUGAGCUGUGUUAUACAGUUCAUUUGAGUAAGAUAAAAGAAGGUUUUGCCAGAAUAACUGUCAAAUAAGCCAUGACCUGACAGAGAAAGCACUAUCAGCAAGUAAAGAGAAAUUAUAUGAACGUACGAUAUAAAAAUAAUUAAACUCUUUGGCAAAUGUAGUCAAAUUAGGGAAAUGUGUCACUUUGUUAGGGCUACAUCACUGAGUUUGCAUUUUGAAUGAUGGUAAUGGGCUUCAGUCAGAGCUGUUAUAGACUGAGUAGCUUUUGUCAUAGAACCAAAUGGUUGAUAUCAUAAGGCUAAAUUGAUGUGAUGUCACAGUACUUAGUUCCUGCUUCAAAAAGGUUUUAAUUUUUUUUGCAUGGACUGACUUUUUGAUGGUUAGAUGACCUCAGUCACUGAGCUAUGAACAGGCAUCUUUUGUCUCUCUGCCCCCACACACUUAUCUUCUCCCUCAUACUAAAGCUUUGAACUGUAGUUGUAGGCUGGGGCUGUGUUGGGUGUGUUGGAUCUGUUGUUAGCUAGCAACUUUGGCUAACGCAUCAGGCAAGUUCAAAGCUAGGCCCUCCCUGUUAGCCAUAUAUUAUGACUGGGUAAACUGUGUGUAAAAGCCUGUUAUCUCUCUGAGUGGUGGCGUGAUUAUAGACCUGCCAACUUGUCGCCACGCCACGCCUGUACACGCUGCACAGAGAACGGAGGAGAAAACCCAAACUGUGGAACAGUCAGGCUGCCGUUCUUCUAUGUGAGAAAUCUGGAGCCGUGCAUCAUUGACUUUCCAUCUUUGGUUAACUUAAGUACACCCCCCCCUCCCCCAAGUACAAUCGAUAUCUUAUAUUGAAAAGUCUCUAAAGCUUGAAGUGGUUCGUUGUGCAAAUAUUGAAGGUUAGAAAGCAAACAGACUUGUACUGGAAGUGGCCUUGCAAGUACGAGAGUAAGGAUAUUUAGAUUUUCAAAAAGCAGUUCUUUGAGUUUCAAUAAAUCUCUAAAUCGUCCUUGACCCCUCUGUGAGUAGAGAAGGAUCUUUUUCAGAAACAUAACUUUUACACACCCUUAAACUCCAAGAAAUCACUCAAUUUUACUGCCGUUUAAAAACCAGCCAUCCUAUGUUGUGAGGAGAAGCAGGGAGGUGGGAAAAGGGGCUGAGAAGAGACAUGAAGAAGAUCAAUGCUACAGGAGAGAGGAUAGGACAGGAGAAUGUACAGCAGAGGAGGGGUCGCCAGGACCAGACUCAGACAAAAUCUGUCCGACCUCAACCUGUUACUCAUCUGCUCGACCCUAAAUCACCCUCAACUCAUGUGCUCCCAGACAUGGUGGAAGAUGAAAGAGGAAUGCCUAACAUGAAUAAAAUAAAAAAUAAAACAAGAUAAUAUGCCGUCAUGUGACCUAUAUCUUGCCAUGUGGCAGUAUCACCCUGGCAAUAGUUCAAAUGAGAACGCACACUGGGAGUAGUCCAUCGUCUUUGUACAUGUGUGUUUGUUUGACCUCCUGAGCAGAGCAGCUCCACAGCUCGAGCCCAGCACACAGGCUUUCCCCUCUGAGCCAUGUGAGCAGGCUGCUCCACUGUUGUUGACAGCAGUGACUGUGUGUUAGGGGCUGGACCCUACUCUCUCUCGGCUGCGCCAGUCCAGCCAAAUCUGGCCACAGGCAUCACACUUUCCUUGUAAAAAAAAUUACGUUCGGCAGAAAGGGGGAAUGGGGGGGGGGGGGGACACUGAGCGGGUGCUGUAUUUGUCAUUAAAAAAUCCUAGACUUCAGGACUUCAUUAGCUUGGGUGCACCUCCUGAGGUGGUACAGUGAGGUUGGAUGGCAGGGGUGACUGGACCUCUCCGCACAACACAUACCAGCAGACAGGUCCUUCAAUCUUCUCUCUGUUACCCAGCCUUUCUUCUUCAUUUUUUUUUACCCGACCCAGGAAAACAUUUGUGAACAAGGUUGCACAACACAUGACCAUUGCGCAAAACCGUGCAAAACUGGCAAUUCAGUCAGUCGUAUUUUGGGGAAAUGGAACAAGUGACACUCCAGCUAGGUUUGCAUGCAUGUUUAAAUCAUGACACAGUCGUCACAUUAGUGGAUUCAAUCAGCACACAAAUUAUUUUCUCAAAAACAUUUCUUAGCUAAUGUCAGACUAUUUCAUACCUUUUAAAGAUAUUUAUAGAAGAUAAGUUCAGAGGCAGGUAAUAUACUGCAGAAUCCUAUACAGGUUGUAGACACAUAAAGCUAGCCUAGGAAAGCAAAGUAUUUAAAUGGAAACAUUUUGGCAAAUGUCUUUGUUACAAAUGGUAUAUUUCUCUACUUUGUACUACUUGUUAUUUGUUUCUAGAAAGGCAGGCAUGCCUGUGUGUGUCCAUGUGUGUGUCCAUGUGUGUCUGUUAUUUGUCUUUUUGUGUGUGUGUGUGGUUUGCUGACGGAGGUUCAGUCCACGUUAGACUGUGAGUGGACGUGUAUAUCUUGCUGGCUCAGCCCCCUAGGCUCUGGAGUGGUCAGCUUGGCCUGUGUGGAAGACUUAGAAGCACAGAUUCAGCAGUGUUUGGAUGGGUUCAAGGAGAAGUGGGAAGCCGGUCAAAUCUCUGAUUGACUCGUUUGCCUGGGAGAUUGGCACCCUGAAGAAGGAGAUGGUACAGAAGGCAGAGCCAGCAGUGAGAGAUCCUGGCACUGUUACACUGCAAGGACUACAAGGGGAAGUUGCCUGUCUGUUCCAGCGCUCCCCUCCCUCCGCCGGCAUCGGGACGGGCCCGGCGAGGGCCCGGGAUUCGGGCUACGACUCGCUGCACAGACUGAUGAGCGUGCUGGACAGGCUGAUCCAGACGCACGGCGUCUGGCUGCAGCUGGGGCUGAACCACGCCGACGCCACGCGCAUCCUGCAGAGCCAUCCCCCCGGGACGUUCCUGGUGAGGAAGUCGACGACCCUGCAGAGGAAGGUGAUAUCGCUGCGCAUGGACCCAGACUCUGAGACACCUGUCCGGGAUUUUCCUGUCAAAGAGAGUCAAUACACGUUCUCCCUGGAGGGAUCUGGCCUCAGCUUUGCAGACCUGUUCCGGCUCGUGGCUUUCUGCUGUAUCAGCAGGGACGUCUUACCUUUUACCCUGAAACUGCCAGAAGCCAUCUCUUCAGCGAAGACCCCAUCAGAUCUACAAGAGGUGGCCAAGCUUGGAGCAGGCUUCUGGGAUUCUGACAGGAGCCGCCCCAGGACACACACCGUCUCCUGGUUGUCGGGGGUGUGCGCCCAACCCGCUGCGCCCGCUGCAAAACAGAGGGCUGUUUCCACGGACGCGGCCUCCCACGGCAAGGAGCGGCCAUUACUGCGCACCAGGACCCCCUCAGAGCUGGAGUGCUGCCAGUCCAACGGAGCCCUGUGCUUCAUCAACCCCCUCUUCUUGAAGGUACACCACCCGGAGGGGGGCCACAGAACACCCCACACCCCUCCGACUCCCACCAAACACCAGCGACCUGCUCCACCUGUCGGCACCAUCCACCACAGUCCAGAGAACCUUCCCAGCAGCGCUCAGUGUCCCGGCGACGAACACCACAAGGACAGCCUGGAAUGUCCGAGAAGCAGCCCUCCUCUCAGCCUGAAGACUAGCCCGGGGAACAGCCCUCUUCGCCAGAGCCCCCAGCACCCUAACCCUGACAGCCGCCUAUACGACGAGGACUCCUCCGAGCUACCGGGGAACUGCGAGAGCAUCUGUCAGCUUGACGCCGCCACUUGCUGUCCGCCCCCUCGGCCCCUGCGGCCCCCACCGCCCCGACUGCCACCCCGCCGGCCGGCCCCACCUUGCCGCCAGCGCAGCAUGCCAGAGAAGAUCAGCUGGAUCAACCCUCUCAAGGAGGGGGAGAAGGAGAAGGGAGGAGGGGAGAGGACCGGAAGCCUCCUCUCCCGUCUGGGUUCCUCUCUGAGCAUCAGCCCCUCCUCCUCGCCCCCCAAAAGGCUCAGCAUCAGCUCCCCCAUCUCCAUCCCCCGCCCCUCGCUCCCCCUCUCCCUCGCCUCGCUCUCCACCUCGCCCCGGAGGCCCAAACCCGCCCCGUCGCCCUGCCGCGCCGACCUCGACUCGCACGAGGCGCUGGACGACCGGACCAUCGAGAACGCAGUCUCGCUCGGCCUGGCGAAGAUGUCGCGGCGCAACGUCGCCGACGAGGGAGACCCCGAGCCCGCGCCGGAACGGCUGCCUCCCCGGCAGGAGGGAGUGGCGGGGGAGGGAGGGAGAGGAGGCGGAGGAGUAAAAGGAGGAGCGGCAGGAGUAGAGGGCGGCUGUCAGCGCCUCAGCGACAUGAGCCUGUCCACCGACUCGUCGGACUCUCUGGACUUCACCCACGGCUUCUUCCCCCAGAUCCACGACCCCAGCCCGCCCACGGCCGCCGACUACUCCGCCCACCUGCCCCUCUCCCUCCCCCCGCCCCCCCGCAACCCCGACAGCAGCAUGGAGGACGAGGACGAGGAGGAGGAGGAUGAGGAGCAGGACGACGGCGUGAGCCUGGAGAGCGACCAGGACCAGGACCAGGAUUUGACCAUAACGCCCCCCGGACACCGCACCAAGCGCAGGGCCAGCGCCGGGGCCCUGGUCAUCCAGCGAGCGUUCCGGGGCCACCUGCGCAAGAUGAGCGGGGUGUUCAGCUCCCUGCUGACCCCCGAGAAGCGGGCGGUGCGGAGGGUCCUGGAGCUGGCCCGGGACAAGGGCUCCUACUUUGGCUGCCUGGUGCAGGACUACCUGAGCUACCUGCAGGAGGGGGGAGGCAGCCAGGCCUGGCAGUGCCACUCCUCGGGCCUGGAGCUGCUGCAGACGCUGCGCCAGUUCAUCACCCAGAUGAAGAGCUACCUGCGCCAGAGCUCCGAGCUGGAGCCACCCAUUGAGACACUCAUCCCCGAGGAUCAGAUAGACCAGGUUCUGGAGAAGGCCAUGCACAAGUGUGUCCUGAAGCCCCUCAAAGGUGUGGUGGGGGCGGCCCUCCAGGAGUUCCAGGUGCGCAGCGGGGGGUGGCAGGAGCUCAAGGAGAACCUCUCAUUGGCCAAAGCCAGGCAGCCCCGGGAAAUGGGUGUGGCCGAUGCCCUCCCUCCAGACCCGGUUGCCAUAGAGAAGAUCCGCCACAAGUUCCACACCAUGUGCAAGCUUUACUCUCCAGAGAAGAAGGUGACCAUGCUGCUGCGCGUGUGUAAACUCAUCUACACCAUCAUGGAGGACAACUCGGGUCGCCUGUACGGUGCAGAUGAUUUCCUGCCCAUGCUGACGUAUGUGCUGGCUCAGUGUGACAUGCCGCAACUAGACAAUGAGAUCCUCUACAUGAUGGAGCUCCUGGACCCCUCUCUGCUCAAUGGAGAAGGUGGCUACUACCUGACCAGCGCCUAUGGGGCCAUGUCCCUGAUCAGGAACUUCCAGGAAGAGCAGGCUGCUCGCAUCCUCAGCUCAGAGACACGCAACACACUCCACCAGUGGCACCGCCGACGCACCACCCAACGCUUGGCGCCCUCUGUGGACGACUUCCAGAACUACCUGAGGGUGGCACUGCAAGAGCUGGACAGCGGCUGCACGGCCAAAACACUGCUGGUGCGCCCUUACUCCACCGCCGAAGAAGUCUGCAAGAUCUGCGCCGAAAAGUUCAAAGUUUCCGACCCGGAGAACUAUGCACUCUUCCUGCUGACAGAGGGCACCAGCCAGCAGCUGGCCCCCGACACACACCCUCAGAAGAUCAAAGCCGAGGUCCACAGCCGAGCCCAGUCAUCGCCGUUCCACUUCGUAUUUAGACGAGUGAUAACUCUUAACGAGUCUUCGGCCGCCCCUCUCGACCUCACCCUGAACCUCAAUGAACUUGCCGUGACCUCUGACCUCCAGUCCAACCUCAAUGACCUCACUCUGACCACCUCCAAACCCCACCCCAACCUUAACCUGGGCCUCAGCCCCAGCCUUGGCCUCAGUCUGCCCCCAAACCAGCACAAUGGAAACUCCAUAUCAAUCUGACACUUUGAGGACAGUUGGAAUGUGGAUCUUCUCAACUCACUCCGUUUAAACCUACAUCUCACUAUGUCCAAUAUGCUUGAACUUGUGUUAACUGGAUCUAACUAGGCUAAAGUAACAUGAAGUGACCUGACAUGGAGCAUGCUGGACUGUGCUGAACCAGGCUGUGCUAAACCAAGCUGGUCUGUCUUCCCCUGUGGGCUAUGCUUGUCUUAGUGGACUACCUCUAAAUGGAAAGAUGUGUCUGUGAGCCGAAGGAGAGAGAAGAGGGAAGGAAGGAAAUGUGACAGAUGGAGCUGGAAUCAGGGAUUUUAAUUCUGCAUCUCUAUUUGAGGUUGCUCAACGUGGCACGUGAGGAAGCCAAGUGAUGACUAACGAGGCUCAGAGCAUGAAUUCACCCAGGGAACUGCCAUCAACUUGACUUAAAAACCAUCUGUGUUAUGGCAAACACUUAGUAUGCCUGUCAACCCGCCCCCGGUGACACCUAGAAGACACUGCUAAGUACUGAGGAAGCAGAAAAAGUAAAAGGCAUUAUAAAAUGCUGCUUAGGGCCACUUGAGUAUUCUGUUCUGUCUUAGUACGAUGUAGUGAAGUUUGAUGACACACUCACACAGAACCUAACCCACAAGUGUACUUAUACUUAAACAGUAGUGAAUAUACUGCAGAAUCUUGUUGAUUGUUAUUUAGUUGUUGCAGUUGCUGGUAGACUGCAUGAGGUGAUAUUAUUAUCAUAUACAGAAUGUGUAGUCUUCUUAUAACUGCAUGUGCUUUGAUUUUUUUAAAUGUGUGAAAUAUGUUUGAGGCAGGCAUUGUCGGCCAGUGAUUGAAAAAGAGUUAUUGAUUCAUGUUUUAUUAUAUUAUUAUCCAGGAGAUAUUGGAUAUCAUGAUACUGUACUGUCUAUAGUCUGUAGUAGGGAUGGGCAUAUGGUCGAAUGGGGAUUCGUUUCAAGCUCUAAUGUUAAUAAUAAUAUUACAUUUAAUAAUUGUCUGAGCUCUGAGACAGGCUACAUGACUGGAUUGCUUAGACUAGAUUAGACUUGAUUCAUAUAAAUAUACAAUUUUCAAAUAAAACCUACAAUAAUUUAGAGAGAUUUUGGAAAUGUAAAUAAAGAAUGAAAGAUCACUGGAACAGUGAAAUAGUUUAAUAUGCCCAUCCCCACUUUAAAGCAAUGGGUUUUCUUGAUUGACCAAACCAGGGACUUCAUGUCCAUGGCGCCAGGAAAAACGUUGCCAUGGCCAUGAGAUAUUACAGGACAUGUCUGAUGGACAGAUAUUCACUGUAGCUUACAGUACUUUGUAGAAUUGCUAUGUGAUUUGGUUGUGUUGACUCUUAAGCAGGGCUGAGGUCAUACACGGACACACUCUCUCUCUCUCUCUCUCUCUCUCACACACACACACGCACAGUUGCAGGUGUGUAAGGCUUUUGGCUGGUAGAGUGAGGAUCACUGUCAUGGAAGCUUGAAAGUACAGAAUUCAACAAUUCUGAUAAAAGGAAGAAAGAAGAGAAUGGUGGAAGAGCAAGAAGAUAAGUACUUAAGUUAAAUGUAUCACCAGAAUUUUACACAUGAAUUUGUACUUGCAGGGAGUGUAAGCGUUUACAUUUUGAAAUGUAAAUUGACAUUAUGGGAGUUGGCCUGAGAGGAUUACAAAGAGCUGGAAGAAGAAAUGCAGCCAGAGCUCAGUUGGAAGGCGACAUGGUAUGCAAUAUGCUAACUCAUGUUGAAAUUGAGUAUAUCAAAAUGUUUGGGAGCUUUAGCCGUUUGAGAGUCAAAAAAUAAUAAUCUAAAUUGUAACGGACUUGUGCGGAUAAGUAAAUGCUACUCUAACAAUAUUAGUAUUAUAUCUGUGCAGGGACUGUUCACAGGUGUUUUUCUCCAAUUUCACGUUGCAGAUCCACAAGUUAUUGUUCCUUAUUGUCAGUGUAUGUCAUUGAAUGAUAAUAUUACAAUUACUCUUUUGCACUCAAUAAAUGUUGGUCAUGAAUCAAAUGUGUUUUCUUUU